GCCAAGCCAAACAAGAAAAUAUCAAGAAACAUGCAUAUCGGGCGGCGCUCUAAUUUGAAGAAUCGUCGCGGAAACAUUUUCUUUCAAAAUCGGUGUAUGUAACUUGAAAAACAUCUUUUUUUCCCUUCGGAGGGCAAGUGUGUUAGGAGCUAGCGCAACGCUAUUGGCCAGCGUGGUCGGCUUGAAGUAAAGCGAAGUCCGAGUCACGUGUUGCGUUGUGUCUAUUUCAUCCUGAUAUGCGAUAGUAAAUCAUGCUAAUGUCGGAGUUCACGUCACUCACAAGUGACGGCAAACCGUGUUUGCCUCGUCACCUGUUAUUGAGGACAAUGCGUAAUUAAUGCGGCAGUGUGUUGAUUGUUUCAACGCGAAUCCUAGCAAGAUUUACAGACUGGAGACGCAUCAACUUGGACGGCAGGGAGACUAGAGACAUUACUCGUCCCUUUACCGCAAAGGUCAACGUGACAUCGACGGAGCUGUAAAUUCUGUUGACGCAUCACAUCUCAGUCGUGAAUGGUGAGGAGGAGGGAGCUGACACGACAAGGCAGGACGAGUUGCAGGCCUUGAGAAGAAGGCUGAAGAAGCAUCAGCCUGUGCAGUUACACCAUACUGUACUGAGUUGGUUGGGCCAUCAGGCGGGCGUGCAGUCAGGCGGGCACUAGGUCCUGCAGUACUCUCGGUGUCUGUGAAUGACGUCACGCAUACAAGUGCGCAUGUGAAGUAUACCAGCGACGAAAGACCUGCAGACAGAAAUUACCGAAGGAAUUUGAUGCACUCGUGCAAAAUGCGCAGUAGUUGACCUCAAAGUUAGUGUGUGUGAAGCAAGAAAGAUAAGUUGUGCUAAUAUAUGGGAACAGGUCCCUGUGACAUGAUCGGGGUGUCUCGAAGCGAGUGACAACGAGGGCCUAGUGAGAGAAGAGUUAUUAUUAUGUCACAGGAUCAGUCAGGUGGUGGAUGUGCAUGGUCCACCUUUGCCCAGUGAGGUAGACGGCAAGGAAGUGGGUACUCCUGUUGACGACCCCCCCACUCCCCCCAGUGGCAGCAGACGACACGGCUCUGACAUCCUCUCAAAGUGUACACGCUCAGAGAUAUGCUGGUUGUAAGGAGUCACACUACACUGACACACUUUCCUGCACUGUGUCGUCUGCUCGAAAAGAAUUGUUCCUCCACAAUGUGAGAGCUCAAGCUGUUUCACAGACUAGUUCACAGUAAAUUAUCAAAAGACAGUCACCAGAAAAAGAAAAAAAAUAUGCGUCUGCUUGCCAAAAUAUUGGUUUACCCGUGUGCUUAUGAAGUUAGUCGUCUGGGAGCAAAAAAGUCUGGCUAUCGAAUGAAGGAAAAUUGUCACCGAAUUAUGAGAGACUAUUAUCAGUUGUAAACUGAGGAGACUCACAACAAACUUUGAACUUUGUGUCCAGUUUCUGUUACAUCUGUAAUAGAUGGUUUGGAAUGUCAUGAUUCGACUCACAUCAGACAGAAACCGAUUUGGGAUUAGGAUUGGUAACUGCAGCCAAACAGGUAGAUCACUGCAGAAAUUGUCACCUGAUCUGACAGGUCAGAAUUCCAGAGACAACUGUGGCAAGGAUUUAAGCGCGACGGGAAAGUUCUAACUUCAACGUGGUCAAGGAUUUUUAUGAAACUUUGUAGCAACUGUUUGUGAAAGAAGCUAUGCCCAGGUCCGUGGAUCUUCAUGUCUGUGAGUGCAGAAACUAGCCAGGGCAACAGUAGUUUUCUACGGGAUGGGUUGAUGUGCGUUCGGACGGAAUGAGUUUGUCCAUGUAUCUAUGCCUGGUUUAUUGUGCAUCAGUUCUCUGGAUAGUUCCUUUUGAAGCUGCUAAAACUAAGAAAGCUGAGUGUAAAUACACCAUCUCCAGUGACGAUCAGCCGAUCUCGGUGAAUUCCACGAACUUAACAAGGCAGGGCUAUGACAAGUGUAUAUACAACAUUUCUGCACCCAAUCAGAAGUACAUACAACUCAACUUUACGAAGAUAUCGGGAAGGAACGGCACCAACAAUAUGUGUGUUUCGUUAAACGAAACUAUGGAUGGCAAAAGAAGUGAAACUAUCAAUGAAGUAAAUGAGACCCACCACGUCUUUCAAUCCUCAUCUAAUUCAAUACGAAUAAUCUAUGUGCUGAAUAAGUGCCAACCAACAAGUGGAUUCACAGUGUCAUUCAAGUUCUUGCCCCAAAAAGACGUACCAAAUUGUGCUCAUCGCUGUGACUCAAGCACGUGCUUGUCUUCAGCCAAUUUGUGUGACGGAAAAACAGAUUGCAUCGACAAAUCAGAUGAGAGUGAUAGAUGCCCUUCUCCAAAGAGUGAUAGCAUCACCUACAUCUUGAUAUUCGGCUUUGUAAUCCUGAUCACAUUGCUCGGCGUUGUGGUGUGUUUGGUGCGACACAACAACUGUAGAAUCAUGUCGCGAGUGAGACGCCACGACACAAGGGAAGGACAGCUUCGGCCUCCGUCACAAAACUCAGAUGUGUUGGUGUCGAGUCCAACACAGGAACACAUGGAACAGCAAGUGUCUUUGUUACAGGAUAGAUAUACACAGAUAAAGUCAAUGCAACGCGACAGUGACCUUGGAUACCCGCCCCACGUUCCGCGCUCCAAAGAUGGGGAGGAGGGGUAUAGAGAAAGUCAAAAAGAUAUCUUAAAUCAUCGCCAGAAUGCUGCGGCCAACUUAGAGUGUUUUCGGCCUCCGCCCAAUAGGACUGUGCAUGAUACCGAGAGCCCACCACCUUACUCGGAGUCACCGAACAGGUCGUUUGACUCUUAUACAAAGACACAACCUUCUGUUCAGGACUACAAUGGUUGUCCUGUUGUGAUACGUUGCUAUAGUAUGUCGGGCUCAGCCAAUGGGGAAAGUCAUCCGGAUUUUUAUUCAAAUUCCCAUUCUCGGACUUAUUCCUCUUCCUCUGUGGGGCAUGGUGUCAGAAGUGUGCUCUCAGACCGACCACCGGGGUAUGAGAACUUUAGCUCGAACUCGGUGCCCACAGCGCCAUCUGUAAUGACGAGUGGGCACAGGCAUUGCAAUUCCGCCCCUGGAGGUGAAGGUCAGGGGUCAAGGUCAAGCUCGGCACGGAGCAGCCCCCCGGACUACCACAAUGCUUUCAAUGUGACUAGUGCUAAUAUGUAUAGGCCGUCAACGGACAAAGCUAAUGUAUGAUAAAACACUGAUAUAUGGGCUAAACUGUGAAAGAUGAUCCUGUCGAGGCGGACAGACGGACAAACGGACAUGUUAAUAUGAAGGUGAGGUGGCUCCCUCUGGUGACCGUUUUCAGAGUGUGUGAGGUCAUGUGACCUAGGGUUGCAGCCAGGGAAUACUGGUUUAACUUUGGUGCUAGUCACAACAACACAGGUUCCGCCGUGCCUAUGUUGUCUGCUCCUUAAGUCCAACAACUUUGCAUAGGAGGUUGUUAAAGCUCCAUACAUCCUUCCUGCCCUGCUGCGAGCCAGCUCCAGGAGAUAUUGUGAUAUAUUACCCAGAGGAGUAACAUGCACGAUUUCAUCUCAACAACUUUCUGAAGCUGAUCACCAGUCAGUGGAUAGACCUGUUUUCAGUGAAUUAUUUACAGAGGCUUAGUAUUUAUCGUUUGUAGGUUCUUUCAUAUUCGUCAACCUGGAUCUUUUGUUACAGAAGCCUGAGACAAGAUAUCACCAAUCAACUGUUCCAUGAAUAGGAGUCGAGCUAACAACUGACUAUUGUUAGUGAUGAGAAGUGCUUGAAACUGGCCAGAGAACAUGGAUUUAUUUUGAUAUUUUAUGAAUGCUUCCUUCAGUUUGAGAACUACUCUGCCGUGAAUUUCAGGAUACCAAAGAGGGGAAGUUUUAGGUACCAAGUCUAAUAGGCGUGCCAUGAUGAAAUUAUGAUCAUGACAGACACCGAUGCAAUAAGGAAUAUUUUCUGACUACCAGAUACACAAAUUAGUGUAUAGUAUCAACGUCAAAAUUAAUUGUUGGGUGUUUCACUUAUUCAAUGAAAUGUUAAUUUGAAAUUAUUUUUUAUUUGUUGAUUUGUUGAAUGGGGUUUUGUUGAAGAAUUUAGAUAUUUCUUAUGAAGAUGGUUUUAAGUUAUGAGAAGGAAUUGAAAUAGGUGUUAGUCAUGCUUGGCUGUAGACUUGCGGCAUGCAGUCGAUGUUACAAGAACGCUCCACCACAAGACGUUCUAUACUGGUGUACUUGAACAAUGUAUGAUUGACAUUAUGUUUUGAGUUGUAAGCACGUUGAACCAGUAUUUCUCAAGUGUGUUCAACAUUGGUUUGUGGCUAAGCCGAUUGGGAUCGUGACUGAGAAUGAGAUGAAACAACACAAAUGAUGGAAACACAAGGAUGGACACAUGAGAGAGCAGGGCAUGCUGUGAGCAUGCCUGGUGUGGCCCGACAUGGAGAGACGUGUCGUGACAUGACAAUGGAACAUGAAGCUACAACACUAGUUGAAUGGAUUCUGUGGCAGUGCUUUUGCUUACGACACUACAAAAAUGAUAAAAACAUUUGAUUGUGAAAUCAUACGGAAAACUUGUUGAAUGGAUGAUUGUGAUUGUGACACAUGAAAGCGAAUGAGGUGAAUGAAAUCGACUGUGACAGAUGAUUAUGAUUGUGAAGUGUGAUAGCGAUUUUGAUGUGUGAAAGUGAUUUUGAUGUGUGAAAACGAUAGCAUGGUUAUGGUGAGAAACCAAUUGACACUAUCAGUGUGAGGAACGACAGGAUGACUCCAUUUGUGAUGCACACUGUCGGUUAAUACAUAAUGUGCUUAAAAAUAUCAGAGUGGCUUUUAUGCAAGUAUUGAGAAUUCUUGAAUAGAUAUUUAUGAAGUUUGUAUGUUCAGAGUUGGAAAUAAUAUAAUUUUUUUAUUAUUUUCCAUGUAACUCAUUCCAAUUUAUAUCAUAUCUUUAAAAGAUAUGUGUGCUUUCAUUCAAAUAAAUAAAACGGAGAUAUAUUACAGCAUAGCUACAAAAAAAGAAAUAUCUGGUGUUUGAGAAUUGCAAUGUGAAGGAAUUGACAUGGACCUUACCAAAACACUUGGUAAUUAAUAAACAUUUGGUAAUUAAUAA